AUGCGGAGCUGCUCUGUGUCUGCGGAUGAGGAUAGGUUUGAUGUGGCGGCAUUUGGAUCCUACGGCGGUGACCCAACGGUUUCAUGUCCGCCAUCGCAUGCGCCAACUCACGUGGAGACGAUGAGCCUGUUGGACGAACUGUUUUCUUCUCCACCAGUUACUGUGUCGUCGCUGAGUGAUCUGGCUGAUGAUGCGCCAGUGAAGGUGGGUGAUGCGGCGAGAACCGGGCUGCCGCUUGAGGUUCAUGCUGCUGCUCCACUGCCGAGGUAUUCCAUUGAGGUGUCGGUAGGGCCAGAUUCCACUGGACGUGGCAUGGCGUCAUCUCUGAGCCCAAAACAGCUGGAGGAGGUCGUGCCAGUUUUUCAGGGAAUCUUUAAUGAUGAUGUUCCUCGGUGGUAUGAGGCAUGCGCUAUAUUGCGUAGCCUUUCGCCCCGGAGUCCAAUAGGCAAUGCGCCGAAGUUCAUACCGAGUGAUGUAGCGGGAGAACUCUCAAUGAAGUCUUUUUUCCAGAGCGAUCACACUGCCAAGAGUCACUGUGAGUUGGUUUCCAUAGCGCCGUUUUUGGAGUUUGAACAAACCUUUCAGCAUAUUUCAGUAUUUCCGGUGUUAAAAAUCUCACCGCUGGCCUCUACCCUCCGCCAAUGUGUGCAGGAUUGGGUGGAAAGCCACGGCGGUGUGCGCGCAGUCUUGUUGAAUUCAACUCUGCUGUUAGAUCUUCAGACGCUGUUGGAGAACGUUAAUGAGGCUUUUGUUGCCUCAGUCGCGACUUCGCCUCAAUCUGCUUCGGAGGCAUUGCUCCUUUCAUCCCUCACAGACAUAUGCCGAUACUGCGUACAGUUGGCGUGCACGUGCAUUCCUUAUGGGGAUCACCCCGUUUCAGCGACCACCAUGCAGGCGGUGAUGCAGCACAAUUCCACGGUUAUUUCUCAUGUAGUUGAAGAGUUACAAAAUCAUGAAAAAAUUCUUCAUUUACUGGUUGUGGCACGCUCUACUGCGUAUCAUCGAUGCUCAGAAGACGUACAAGCCAGCGUUUCUCCCCUUAUUGCUGAGCUUCUUUCUCUCUUGGACACCUUUUCCUCAUCAUCCACCAUGCAGUUGGACAAGAAGAAGGGGCUAGACAAACGUUGCAGAUUGAGUGGUCUCCGGCUACCUUCCUCCUGCCCAUCCGAAGUAAUCGAUGCCUUUGUCUACCGUUACUGGAAGGAGACGACUAGGGGCCCUACACCCACGUAG